UGCGCAGAAAUACGUGUCCAUGAUCUAGUGCCGCAUGCAGCCUGUGUUUUAUCAGUUGAUCCAGCAACUCUAAAUUAUGAUUCUCCUGUGAAAUUCUGCAGUGGUGUAGAUACCGUUUUGGUGAACGUAUGUGGACGUUUGAUUAUGUUAAAUCCGGUGAAGCGAGAUAGUAUAGGAAGUGAUUCAUCGGACGACGAUGAAACCUAUUUCCAGCUGAGCCAACCGAUGCUAAUUGCGUCGUAUGUUGAGCAAAUUUGGCAUGAUGCUGUCGAUGAAAGCGACAGUAUGUUCCAUCGAAAACCCCAUCUAACACAUGCACUGUGGCUGAACUGUGGUGCAAAAGGAAUGAAGGUAUGGAUGCCGUUUCGAGAUUGCUUGGCAAUUGGUGUGGAAAGUUUGCCAACUUACCCGGAUGAGAAGGGAACCAGAAAGCAUCAACCAAUUUAUAAUUUACAUCGUAAAAGCGAGCAUGCCACAAUUUUACUGGAGGAGGCUUUGUCCAAACGACAAUGGCUAAUAGCUCGUGACAUUGUGCGUUUUCUUCGUGCCAUCGAUCCGUCGGAUAUUGACGGUUCACCGCGUACACCACCAUGCCAAAAGACACACCGUAACGUGGCCAAUGUUGUUUCACGAAUCCCAACGCGUAUCUCCACCGAUAAUAGUGAUGAAACAGAUUCGUUUGUUUUUGGAAGCUACAGCGCCCCAGGUGCAUUUCUACUUCUUGAUUGUAGUAUUUUUUUCAACAAUUCAGGAAAUGUUUUGCAAAUUUUCAACCACAUAAUCUUGCGGACGAAGCACCUUUUUGAAAAGAUUAUGGGCCCAAGAGGGAAUCGAACCACUCAUCUUCGCAUCCAAGCAUUGCAUGCUAGACCGCUGCGUCCCUGCCAGCCCCGUGCUGUGCACAUACCUGCUGGAGCACUUAUAUUCUGUAUGAAUGGCAUUCCCAUGCAUAUUCUGUAUCGUUUGUCUGCUACAUCCUGUGCCACACACCCUUUCAGCAACUGCCGGCUUUUCCCGGGACUUCCUCGGCACAUAGGGUGAGG